AUGGGUCGGCAAGAGCGAUUCAAUGAUCUUCAAGCACGCGGUGUCUCUCCAGCUUUGAUAGAGGAGAUGGAGAUGGCGCGCGGCGAAACCACUCAGGUGGGAGUGAGCAUGGGCCUUUACUGUAGCGGUGGUGAUGUAGAAAUCUAUCUUGAUCAUGAAUGGAGUUCUGCCUAUCCCAUUCCGACGUUCGAGCUGCUAGAGAAAGUCCUCGUGGAAUUGUUCCAAAAGCGAUACAGAAAGUCCCUUUGCUUGACCUUUUCCGCUCUUUUUCACAGAGCCUUUCCUGGCGACGCAUUUGAUAUGCCCGAAUUUUGCCGGGUACUCAAAAGAGGAACAGACAAAUUGGACGACGUCCACAUUUGCUAUAUCGGAGGUAGAAUUCUCGAUGAUGAUUUGACAAUGCUGUUGGACAACAUGCAACACAACAACAUGACCAUUGGAUAUUUUGGGCUUGGAUUUUGUGGCGACCUGGAGUACCCAAAGUUCUUUCGACGACUUCAAGAGCUAGAUGUUGACUACUUGGAACUUUGGCGUCAAUGUGAUGAAGGUGAAAGGACGGAAACGGGAAUGGAAAUGACAGAAGCGUUUUUUGCCCAGCUUGGAGAGUUCAUCCGUGGCUCAUGUCACCUGGAAGACCUAAUUCUGGCAGAGUUUUGUUGCCAAGAAGCGCAUCACUGGGCACCAGUAGUUGCGGCCAUUCAAGACCACCCGAGCUUGACUUUUCUUUUGAUUCCUUUUCCCACUACUACCUCACCACCAGACGCACCAAACGACAAAGGUUGCAAAUUCGCACCAGCGGUGGAGGACAAGAUCUUGAAUCGUUUGGCUAUCAAUCGGGCCAAGAAGGCUCUCCUUCUCGAUGACCAGCAAUCGCGACCUUCGUUGGAACAGUUUGUGGAUACACUGGUCGAGAAUCGGUUCAAUGUCGGUUGUCUUGAUCACAUCCUUCGAAAUGUGGAUCCUCAUGUCUAUUCCCCGGCUGCAAUCCAGGCUGCUCAAUCCCAUGCCGACAAGAAACCUCAACAAAACAAAGCCCACGUCAGCAAGGAGGAAUGGGAGCUGGAGAAGCGCUUGGAUCAAGAGAUUCGCUCCAAGACCUUCCGUUACAUGUCUGAGGGGGACACGGAGGAAUACCUUAUCAUUGAUGUUUGA